GGAUGGAAUCCCAAACAUUGCCCUGAAGACCGCCCUGCUAUCCUGCCCUGCAGUGUUUCGGAAGGUGCUUCAAAAGUGCCUGGACGAUUGUGUGUUUCCGGACCGCUGGAAGCGCCAGAACCUCCUGCUUCUGCCGAAACCAGUAACGUAUGGCAGCCCUGCGGUACGUUUUGACAGGUUGCUUUGGAAGUAAUCGUGGGUCAAGCACAUCUAAGGUUUGCGACAUGAAUUACUGCGUUCCCCAAUCGAUUAGGCGCAUCUUCCGGGCUACAGGCUCUUCGACUACGCACCAGAAAACAAUUAAGGAACGAGUUGGCGUUUUCAUCCGGGAGCGUUCUUUUGCGUGUCGCUGCCUCGUCUGUGCGGCUUGUCGGUUGUCUUAUGCGACUAACAAGUUUGGUAAGUGUUGUGUAAAAGACGUGUAUAUGCGUUAUAAAUGCAAUGAAAUAAAAUUAAUGUGCAGAAUACGGGAAAAUGUGAACAAAAUUGCGGCUACCGAGGAAAACAUAACCGAGUGA